ACUGAAGUGCUGCAGAAAUCAUUCUUUUCUGAAUGCCACCUCUGCACAGAAGAGGGUCCUGAUGACAUCACAUCCUCUCCUAUAAAUUACGCUGCCUCCAAAGUUCACUGAGAAACAUCACCCGCGCUCCGCUGCACCGCCCCGAGGACGAUGGCCGGGUCUCCUGCACUGCUCCUCCUGCUCAGCCUGGGGCUCUGCUGCACUGGUGCCCAGGGACAGAGGAUGGAGGCCAGAUUCCUCAACAGGAAUAUGAAGCACCCUCAAGAGGGACAGCGACUGGAGCUGGAGUGCCUGCAUUACGAAAGAAACAGAUACCCCUUAUUCCUCUUCUGGAUCCGCCUGGAUAAGGAUGGGAGGCUUCACUUCAUUGUCUCCUGCUACCAAUCGUACUUUGCUACCUACUAUUGGGGUGACAAAAAAUCUACGCAGUUUGAUGCAUCACUGAGAGACAACACCUUCAGACUGGUGGUGAAGUCCUUCAGGGCACAGGACCAGGGGAUCUAUUUCUGCAUGAACUAUAUCAACUCGGUGCUGCACUUCAGCUCUGGACAACCCGCCUUCUUCCCAGGUCAGCAACAGCUUCAUCCACCUCGCUUACACCCACCACCCCUGCCCAUGCCUUCUCAAUCUGGCCCAUCACCCACACUCCCCACAUCCCUGCUUCUUUGCCCAAGCCGUUUCAUCACACAGCCACUGCUCCUCCUCUUAGAGGCUCCCUGCCCACCAGCUCCGCUCGCAGUACUGGCUCUGCCCAUACACACAGGUGGUCGCAAAGCCCAGCAGCAUCUCCCCAUCCCAUCAGUGCCUUAGAGGGAUGAGAGUUACAAUGUCCACAGCUGCCACAUCCUUCCUCACCUCACAAUAAUCCAGAUUGUCCUAAGAAAUUCUGAAUGCUGAAAACAUCUCAAAAAGUGACUCACAGGUUAGGUGUAGGUUGCACUGUGGAAAGAAAAGGUUCCCAGGUCUCUCAAAGAACUAUUCUGAAUAAGAAGGAUCUCUGCAUGUGCUGCUCAGGAAGUACGAACCGUCAGAUUUCUAUUUCCAUGGUUGGGCAGUGUUUCACUGUAUCACUUCAAAAUGGGAUCUAUGAAGUUCCACCCGAGUUGGCCUUUUCCUGGCAGUGGUGGCAGAAGGUGGUUUUAUUCUAUUUUGCUGUAUUCAUUCAUUUCUUCUUCCAGUCACAACAACAACAGCAGCACCCACCACACCCACUGCCACCACCCAAAGCAGCCAGGUCACUACAGAGGAUAUCUCCCAGCACAGCCCGG